CCCCGCGCUCCCCACACAAAGGACGCGCUGGGAAAUGGCGGCGGCCGCGGCCUCGCAAAACGCCCCCGGGAAAAUGGAGCCGCCCCCGGCGGCGGCCGCGGCGGCAGCAGCGGCUCCGCCAGCGCCCAACGGGGCGGCCGGCGCGGGGGGGCCGCCCCCCAAGAGCGAAGGCGAGCGCCCGACGCCCAAUGAGAAGAAGAAGGAGAAGGGGAUGAAGAGGGGAGGGAACCGCUUCGAGCCCUACGCCAACCCCGCCAAGAGGUACCGAGCCUUCAUCACCAACAUCCCCUUCGACGUCAAGUGGCAGUCCCUCAAGGACCUGGUCAAAGAGAAAGUUGGUGAGGUAACAUACGUGGAGCUCUUAAUGGACGCUGAAGGAAAGUCAAGGGUAAGUGUUUGAGAGUUUCUUUGUGGAUUUUCUACCUGAAAUGUUUCUGUGUGCUGGACAGGAGGCCAGGGAGGCUCAGAGUGUGGAUGUGCAGUGGCUCUAGGUCAGGAGUGCCGUGGGAUGGGAG